UGUAACAGGUACAGUAACAUUCUAUAUACUGGUGAUCCUGGAGUCACUCUGUCUGUUACAGGUACAGUAACAUUCUAUAUACUGGUGAUCCUGGAGUCACUCUGUCUCUAACAGGUACAGUUACAUGCUUUAUACUGCUAGUCUGUUGAAUUAAUAUCUACUGUCCAUUUCGGUCUAGAAAUUGGAUUUGUAUGUAUGAAAUAGAUUGAAGAAUGAAAUUAGUAUGAGAAUGUCUUGCAUCAUGUGAUUAAACUAUGAACAGGUGAUUCAGGGUUUUAAUGUUGUGAUCUACUCCAGCUCUGCAGGUGAAGGUGACUCCACCACGGUGGGCAAUGUCGAAGACUCUGACCUGUAUCACCACCUGUACUCUGACUGGUAACCCCACCUACAUCUGGUACAAGAAUGGACAACAUCUAGAUGAGAGCACCUCCCCCCAGUACAAAUACUCAGUCUUCAGUAACUAUGACGACAGUUACUCCUGUACUGUAAAAGGCCAUGAGGAUCUCCACUCUCCUGCAGUGUGUGUUCAGGAUCAGGACUGCAGCAGAGUAACUUACACCAAGAGGAGAAUCUGUGUCUUGAAGGGGUCAACAGUGGACAUAUCCUGUACUUAUGUUGGUUAUUAUUCCACCACAUCAACAUUCUGGUUUAGAAGUGAUAAGUCGACCCCUGAAGACCUAACCAGAGACCCAGGGUAUACAGGUCGUGUGAAGUACACUGGAACAUACAGAGGUCCCUUCACCCUGAGAAUCACAGAUCUGAGAGAGGAGGACUCAGCUGAGUAUCGCUUCACUUUUAAAACAUACAACGUUGAAUGGGGUCAUAGUUUCCCAGGAACAACUCUGUCUGUCACAGGUCUGCAGGUGAAGGUGACUCCUGCUGCAGAGGGACAGAAGACACUGACCUGUAUCACCACCUGUACUCUGACUGACAACCACACCUACAUCUGGUACAGGAAUGGACAGAAUGUACAAGAUACCUCCUCCCCCAUGUACUCCAUCAGCAGUGAGGAUGCAGACAGCUACUACUGUGCUGUAAAAGGCCACAAUGGUCUCAGCUCUCCUGCAGUGUAUAAACCAAAGACCUCAGUGUCAGUCAGUCCCUCUGGUGAAAUAGUGGAGGGCAGUUCAGUGACUCUGACCUGCAGCAGUGAUGCCAACCUACCUGUGGACAAAUACACCUGGUACAAGAAGAAUGGAGGUGACUAUCAGAGGACGACAGGACCACAGCAUGUCUUCAAUCAAAUCCAGUCAUCUGACACUGGAGAGUACUACUGUGAGGCCCAGAAUGAGAUGGGGACAGACAGGUCUAGGACCAUGAACAUGGAUGUGAAGUGUGAGUAAAGUACAGCUCAGUGUUUGAAUGAUAAGGU